AUGUCGAAUGUAGGAGGAGCUGCUUCGGUGAAUGUGAAGGAAGUUGGAUCCACCACAAUUGUCUGUCCCAUGCUAUCAUCAACCAACUAUACCGUUUGGGCUCUACGAAUGAAGGUAGUUUUUAAAAUCCAUAAGGCUUGGACAGUAAUUGAUCCAAGAACAGAGAAGAAUGGAAAGAAAGAUUACCUGGCGAUGGGGCUGUUGUAUCAGGCGAUCCCGGAGACUUUAAUUAUGCAAAUCGGAGAUGUGGAGUCCUUAAAGGUGUUGUGGGAUGCAAUAAAAGCCAUGUACGUGGGUGCUGACCGCGUGAAGGAGGCUAGGUUACAAACCUUGAUGGUAGAAUUCGACCGAUUAAAUAUGUCUGACUCGGAAUUGAUUCACGAUUUUACGGGAAGAUUAUCCAGAUUAGCCUCAAAAUCGGUAGCCCUUGGAGAAGUAAUUGAUGAGACAAAGCUUGUGAAGAAGUUUCUCAAUUCAUUACCGAGAUUGAAGUUCAUCCAUAUAGUUUCUUCUUUGGAACAAGUCUUGGAUCUCAAAUCAGUUGGAUUUGAAGAUGUUGUGGGAAGGCUUAAAUCUUAUGAAGAAAGGAUUGGAGAAGAGGGUGAUGACGGAGGGCAAGAACCAAAGGUUUUGUGGUCAUCGAGCAGUGGCGGCACUGGUUCAGGUGGUGGCGAUAGCUUGACUGGUGGAGCGAAGGAGAGAUCGACAAAGGGAAAAGGGAUGUCGACUGGUAAUCAUGGAUUCGAUGGGUUAUCUGGGUCAAGCGGGCCCAAAGGGAAUAAUAAUAGGGUUUCUCAAAUUAGUAAUCGGCCCAAUCACCACAAGUCUAAUUCUGAUUUAACUCAACCCAAUUCCACCAAUUGCAAAAAAUGUAAUUGUUGUUGUGACAAAAAUCAAAAAAUAGGGAAAAAGACCGAUCUAAGGUUAUUUGUUUUCGGUGUGACAAACCGGGUCACUUUUCCUCUGAAUGUCCGGAACAACUCCAAAAAAUUAAAAGAAAAUGAGUUCUCUGAAUGUGACAACAACGACGAGACCGUAUUUUAA